AUGGUAGAUAGCGCUGUGUGGCGUUUGGUGAAGGCGGGGAUGGAAGCUGCGGAGCGGGGAGCCGAGGCGGCAGAAGUGGCGGAGAGAGCGAAACUGUACUUCUCCGCUGGAACAUUUUCUCCGUUGCAUUUCGACAGCACCACCCGUUCUCUGUCGUUUCAUCGUUAUUGCCGCCGCGGCGCCACCGCCACAGCCGCCGCCCCCUCCGGCCGUUGGAAGCGCGCGGCCUCGGAAUACGGAAUCGCGUCGCUGCCGCAGGACGCCGCCGGAGCAGGCCGUUGGUAUUAUUCUGCUCAGAUCACACCCACGUUGUUUUUGCUGUGCGGUGAGUCUUCAUGUUUUUAUAACUAA